AUGGAGAGAUUUCUGUCGCUGCUGUUGCUGUGCUACGCUCUACACCAGCGAUUCGAUGGCGUCGUUAGCGAUCAGGUCGUAUUGCUGGACACCACGAAGGAGGCGACGCUGGAGUGGACCCGAUACCCUUAUGGACCGCAGGCGCAAACGCCCGGCUGGGUAGAGGAGUCAUUCACCAACUUCGUGAAGGGCAUCAACUGGCGCAGCUACGUGGUGUGUGAUGUCGCAUACAACAACGUUAACAACUGGCUGUGGUCACCGUUCAUCGACCGCGGUCCCGCAAAUCGCCUUUACAUCGAGAUCCACUUCACGAUCCGUGACUGUUCGCUGUUCCCGGGCAAUGCGCUCUCGUGUAAGGAAACGUUCAGCCUGCUGUUCUACGAGUUCGAUGCGGCUACUCGCGAGCCACCACCGUGGCAACCUGAGAGCUACAAGCUGAUCGGGCGUAUCGCGGCCGGCGAGGGUCGCUUCAACCAGAACUCGGACGUGGACAUUAACGUCGAGGUUAAGAGCAUCGCCGUUACGAAGAAGGGCGUGUAUUUCGCGUUCCGUGAUCAGGGCGCCUGCAUCAGCGUGCUGGCGGUGAAGGUGUACUACAUCACCUGCCCGGCAGUUACUGUCAACUUCGCGCACUUUAACGAAACACCGACUGGGCGCGAGGUGACCAUCAUCGAGCAGCAGAUGGGCGUGUGUGUGGAGAACGCUGAGGCGUAUGAACCUCCGACUUACCUCUGCAAGGGUGACGGCAAGUGGACGAUCCUAACGGGUGGAUGUCGGUGUAAGGUCGGGUACGAACCGGAUGCGGAGAAGCAGACAUGUAACGUCUGCCCAGUGGGCAAGUUCCGGUCGGUUGAAGUACGCACCUGCACGAUCUGUCCGCUUAAUUCUAAGACCAACAAGGUCGGAUCGCCAUUCUGUCCGUGCCUGAGCGGACACUAUCGACAUCCGCGUGAUGGCAAACACAUGCCGUGUUAUAAGCCGCCAGGACCACCGACGAAUCUGACGUUGCUGUUCAUCGACCAGACAAGCGCGAUCCUUUCGUGGAACGCACCCCAGCGAGCCGCAGAUGAGCAGCUCGAUAGCAAGUACCGCAGUGACAUCGUGUUCCGUGUGCGGUGUGCUGCCUGCACGUCAAACGUUGUGUUUAACCCGUCCAGUGAGACGUUUAACGACACCAAGCUUACACUGACAAAUCUCGAACCGGUCACCACGUACACGGUGCAGGUACACUCGCAACACGGUGUUUCGUAUCCCAUCGUAGGACCGGAUGGUGCGGGACCUCUUGGGGCGGCCGGUUACGAAAAUGGUAGUACGGCAGUGAGCGGUGGCUAUCACCCUACCGAACCACCGAUGGUGGUGGUGAAUGUGCGGUCUGGAUCCGCGGCUGGAUCAUCAUCCGAUCUGGACGACAUUAAGACGGAGUUUGCUGAGAUCACGUUCACCACCGAGUCGGCCAUCUUGAGCACGGUGUUUAACGUGAAAGUGGUGCAGAUCACGAACAAGGAAGUCGAUCUGGUGUGGGAUAAGCCGAUCCACAGCGACUCACCGAUCGAGUACUACGAGGUGCGGUGGUUCCCGAAAUCUGAGGUGGACGCCAUGAACAAGUCCGUGCUGAGCACGAAGGAAUCGAAGGUACACAUCGGUGAGCUGCUGGAGAACACUGAGUACGGCUUCCAGGUGCGCUGCAAGACGCUCAAUGGCUGGGGCACCUUCAGCAACAUCGUCUACGCUCAGACGCAUCAAAGUGUCAGUCCAGUGUACGACGACUCCUUCCAGAUGCGCAUCGUAGCCGGUACUACUGUUACCGUCGUGUUCAUCCUGGUACUGGUGAUUGUCAUCACAGUGGUGUUCCUGCGAUCGAAAAAUCAUGACGAGAUUGAUAAGAAAACGAACAACCAUUUACCACUGCCGCUGGAUUACGCCAGCAACGAAGUUCACGCAAUGGACACGACCCCGAUAGUCAAAACGAUGAAAAGCAAUGUGACCACGCCGCUGUUUGGCACCAGCCGGAGCUACGUCGAUCCGCACACGUACGAGGAUCCGAAUCAAGCGAUCCGUGAGUUCGCCCGGGAGAUCGACGCCAGUUACAUCACGAUCGAGGCCAUUAUUGGUGGCGGUGAGUUCGGGGACGUUUGCCGCGGCCGGUUGAAAGUACCCCCGAACUUCGUGCAGGAGAUAGAUGUCGCGAUCAAGACGCUCAAGCCGGGUUCGUCCGAGAAAGCCCGGUGUGACUUUCUCACGGAAGCCUCCAUCAUGGGACAGUUCGAGCACCCGAACGUCAUCUUCCUGCAGGGUGUGGUGACACGCUCGAACCCAGUCAUGAUCAUCACCGAGUACAUGGAGAACGGCAGUCUCGACACGUUCCUGCGUGCGAACGACGGCAAGUUCCAGACGAUUCAGCUGAUUGGGAUGCUGCGGGGAAUCGCCGCCGGCAUGACCUAUCUGAGCGACAUGAACUACGUCCAUCGGGAUCUUGCAGCCCGCAACGUGCUGGUCAACUCGCUGCUGGUGUGCAAAAUCGCCGACUUUGGGUUAUCGCGUGAGAUCGAGAACGCAAGCGAUGCUUACACGACGCGGGGAGGAAAGAUCCCGGUGCGCUGGACCGCUCCGGAAGCGAUCGCGUUCCGUAAGUUCACGUCCGCCUCGGACGUGUGGUCGUACGGAGUGGUGCUGUGGGAAGUGAUGUCGUUCGGCGAGCGACCGUACUGGAACUGGUCCAACCAGGAUGUGAUCAAGAGCAUCGAGAAGGGUUACCGGCUGCCGGCACCAAUGGAUUGUCCGGAAGCGCUGUACCAGCUGAUGCUCGACUGUUGGCAAAAGCAGCGCACGCACCGGCCAACGUUCGCCAGCAUCACGCAAACGCUCGAUAACUUGGCGCGGCAACCGCAGGUUUUGCUAACCACACGCAACUCACCCGACAAUCCGGUGGCCCGUAUGGGCUCUGCCGGUAUCAACGAUGACCUCACGCAGGAUAUGCUUGCGGCGACCGGUGGUGGUGUCGUUGGCGUUGUUGGUGGCAGCUCCCAGCAGCAGCAGCAGCAACAGCGAGCCGCGAUGAUGAUGGGAGGUGGCAGCGGAACGAGCGAACGUGUCCUGAACAACGCUAGCAGUAUGGCGAACGUACCGGGAGCGAUGGGAACUCUCGGUUCGACUGUGGGCGGGUUAAGCAACACCGGCACGAUGUCUGGAACGGGUAAUCCCGGUAUCUUCAUCAGCACCGAUCUGUGGUUGGAGGCUAUCAAGAUGUCACGCUACUCACAGCACUUCAAGGAGGCUGGUCUCGUGACGGCACAACAGCUCUCGCGGCUAACUGCUCAACAGCUCUCGGACAUGGGCAUCACCCUGGUAGGCCACCAGAAGAAGAUACUUCACCAGGCCCGACAGAUCGAUACCAUCAUCUAA